AUGGUUUCCCAAGAAUUUCAAGAUAAAGCUGCAGCAGUUCAAAGUUUAACUAAACGUCCUUCGGAUGACGAAUUGUUAAAAUUAUACGGUUUGUACAAACAAGCCACCGUUGGUGAUAAUGAUACCCCUAAACCAGGUAUGUUUGACUUGAAAGGUAAAUACAAAUGGCAAGCUUGGGACGAUUUGAAAGGUACCAGUCAAUCUGAUGCCGAGUCAAAAUAUAUCGAAUUAGCUACUGAAUUAAUCGGUAAAUAUAAUUAGGUUUACUUUAAAUAUAUAUGUCCAUUGAUUAUUGAUUUUUUUUCGUAAUUUCGAUUUUGUUAAAC